CUGUCAUUUUUAGUAAAUACGGCAAUGAAAAGUGUGUGAAUUGCCGAAAGUUGUUAUUUAAUAAAUUAUUUUUUUAAAAAACCUCAAUUAAAUAUACAAUAAAAUGUCUAUUGCAAAACGCGUACAGCAAUGGGCUACAUUCGCCAGAACAUGGCACAUUUAUGAUUGCACUUGGCAAAAUCCAUUCGAUUCAGCCAAAUUGAUUUCCAGACACUUACAAGGCCUGCAAAAACCAAUCUACCAUCCAAUGAAUGAUUGCGGCGAUCAUGUCAUUGUUAUCAACACAAAAGAAAUAGCUUUGCCUGGAGAUGAAUGGGUGAAACGUGUAUACUUCCAUCACACUGGCUAUCCAGGGGGUGCCAGCUGGACUCUUGCAUGGCAAUUACAUGAUAAAGAUCCCACUAUGGUCAUGAACAAAGCGGUCUACAAUUCAAUGAAGGGAAAUCUUCAACGUCGUCACACUAUGCAGCGACUUCAUUUGUUUGCCGACGAUAAAGUUCCUGAGGAAAUUUUGGCAAAUGUAACAAAUCAAAUUAGGGCACCACGUGAAGUGCCACAACGUUUGGAUCACAUCGAUAAGGAAACUUUAGAAAGCUUCCCUUCAAUUAUGGAUUAUCCAAAAGAUUAUAUUUUACGCUAAACUCCAAUAAAUAUGUUAAAUUGUGUUUUUAAUUAA